UUAUAUCUCCUCUCUCUCUCUCUCUCUCUGUAUACGUGAAACUUUGUCGUCUCUCUCACCUUGAAGAGCUUUUCGAAACUUUCCAAGUUUUGUUUUUUUCGCUUUCUCACGAGCUUUAACCUCACAGUGCCCCUUCACAAUCUACUUUAACUAAAGCCCAUCAUCUUACUUUUGUUAAUCACUCACUCACUCACUAUAUCUCUCCCUGGACACUCUUGACGGUGGUGGUGAUUCUCCGACGAAGCUUAUUUAUUCAUGGAUCCGAUCAAAGGAUCGGUUAUUUAAUAGUGGGACGUUCAUGGGCAAUUCUAAGAAUGUCUUUGGAUGAAGCAAAGACUGGUUUUGCUGAAAAAGGGAAAGAGAAAGAUUCCCUUUUUUUGUUGUCUGUUUCAGACAUUACGGAGCUUUACUUUGCCUUUUUAAAAAUCUGUUGUGUUGAGGAAACUUGUAUGUGAAGAGACUUGCGUUGAACGAAUAAGCGUGACCAGAUUGUCUUUCUUGCUACUGUGUGUUGCUUCUUGUAUAUCUUCUCUCUGUGAAGUUUAUCUGAUUGAGUAAGUUAUCUUGUGAUCUUACAAUAGAUCAAAGCCAUGGCGGUGAAGCUGGUUUCAUAUAGAGAUGAGUCUCUAUGGUUCUGCUCUCACAUCAUUCAAUCUCUGUCUUCGUGAGCUGGGGAUUAAAAAGUAGUUGCCUUUUUAGCAGUUUCAUCCUCUCUUGUUGUUGGAUUUGAGCUAUGGAAGAUAUUGGGUUGGUUAAACAAGGUUGGAAAUGGAUGCAGUCUCAGAAACAAAUGUGCUCUGAUGCUUGUUCUGCCAUGAGGAUUUGUGUGGAGAAGAUAGGAGAGAUCGUGGAGCGUCACUGGCCAUUGGUGUGUAGUGGAUGUGGGAAGCUAUUAGGUCUUCUUCGUCUGUCAAUUGUUUACUGGAAAGAUUGCAUCUUGAGGGGUUUCCGUUGCAGCGCCAAGUUGGGCUCAUCUGCUUUGCUUCUGAUUAUGUGGAGUUGCUUCCUUAGCUUGACUUCCUUAUCUUGCCUAGUCUAUGUUCUCCUCAGUAUGGGAACAGCUGCAGCUGUUGUUUUGAACCUUGGUUGCACACCUGGGCUCUUUAUUGUAGGACUAUUUGGUAUUUUGGUUUUAUGGAUGUAUGCAAACUUUUGGAUCACCGGUACAUUGUUUAUUGUUGGAGGCUAUUUAUUCUCCUUAAACCAUGCCCGUCUGGUGGUUCUAGUGGCGGCCUUAUACGCGAUGUACUGUGUCAAAGUCAGACUCGGAUGGCUUGGUUUAUUGCUCUCAAUGAAUCUUGCUUUCUUGUCCAACGAUGUAUUAAACUGUCUUCUUCAGUGGUGUGACAAUCUAAGUGAAAAACCACAACCUGAGGAACCGAAGAAAGUUGAAGAAACAAUCAUAGAAGAAGACUACUCAGGGGACUUUGAGUAUCCUUCAGUUCCUAUUGAAGAAGAAGAAACCGAGAGAAAGGUUCAUGAGGAUAAGUCAUCUGCUGAACCAACUGCUCCUACAAAUGUUGUUAAUAGCGUGAAGGAGAUUGCUAGUGUUAAGACUGUCAAAAUAGAAACAAGUUCACCAGCUGAUGAAAUGAAGAGAAUACUGAAAAGUUUGAACCAUUAUGAAGCGUUGGGGUUCCCUCGGCAUAAAAGGAUUGAUGACGCUGUGCUUAAGAAAGAGUAUAGAAAGAAGGCAAUGCUGGUUCAUCCUGAUAAAAACAUGGGAAGUCCUUUGGCUAGUGAAUCAUUCAAGAAACUUCAAUGUGCUUAUGAGGUUCUUUCUGAUAUUGUAAAGAAGAGAGAUUACGAUGAGCAAUUAAGAAAAGAAGAGUCUAGGACCAGGAGUGUUUGUCAGACAUCUCAUGCUUCUUCACAUCAGAGUGGUCCUGGUUAUCGAUCAGAAGAGUCUAGGCGGAUACAUUGUACAAAAUGUGGUAAUUCACACAUAUGGGUGUGCACAAGUAGGAGUAAAGCAAAGGCAAGAUGGUGCCAGGAUUGUGGUCAAUAUCAUCAAGCCAAAGAUGGAGAUGGGUGGGUGGAACUCAAAGGAACAUUACCCUUGGAGAGAGCACAUAAGAUUGAGAUACCACGUGCUUUUGUUUGUGCGGAAAGCAAAAUCUUUGACGUCUCAGAAUGGGCCAUUUGUCAGGGAAUGGCGUGUAGACCAAACACGCAUAGGCCAAGCUUUCAUGUGAACAUGGUUGGUUUAGAAAAGACGACACAAAGAUCAAACUCGAGUAGGUUCCCUUGGGAUUUAGACGUGGAGAUGAUGGAUGAGGAUGAAGAAGAGUUUGAGCUAUGGCUUCAACAAGCUCUUGCUUCUGGUCUCUUUUGUGAGACUUCAAAACGUAGAAAAAGCUGGAGCCCUUUCAAGUUGAGCCAGAUGAAAAGAAAGAAACAAUGGCGAAGAACAUCUACUUGACUCUUCAAAACUUUCCAUAUCUCUCACCGUGGUUGAAGAGUUGAACAAACCAGAGUCACAGCAAGUGAAGAAUACAAAGCCCUGAAGA